AUGAAUCGGAAAGAGGUAUACAAAAAGUAAAUAUAUAGAGAGAAUAAACAAGAAAGAAGAAACGAUCCCCAAGUUCCGUUCGAAGUGCAUCCAUCUCCAAUAAACAUGGAUAUGGACCACCAAGGCGGCGGAUCAAUGGGGAUGAUGGACAACGGACCAAUAGGAGGAGUGUCGCCAACAACAUCAAUGUCAAUGGAUGGUAUGAUGGGAUUGGAUCACGGCAUGACACACAUGACUUUUUAUUGGGGGAUGAAUGCUUGGAUUCUUUUUGAAGGAUUUCCUGGAACAAACACAAUAUUGUAUAUCUUGUCACUUAUUUUGAUAUUCCUUCUUGCUAUGAUGAUGGAAUGGUUGGCUCAUUCCAACAUGACUCCCACAAAAUCCAACCGUAUAGCGCGUACAAUGAUACACGUUAUGCAUGUUGUGUUCUCAUAUAUGCUAAUGUUGGCGGUGAUGUCGUUUAAUAUUGGUGUAUUUGUUGUGGCGGUAGCUGGUCAUGGUCUUGGGUACUAUUUCUUUCAUGCAACGAGAAAGACAAUCGAUUCAGAGAUAACUCCAAUGGCCUUUUAGUUCUAUGAUUGACUAGA